CCGCCGCCCAUCGUUACCGACUCCAACGCAAAGUCGUCUUCCGCCCAUUGUUUGCGGCCAGAGCGGCUCCAAGAAUCCAGGUGCUGAGUUUGAGUCUAAUCCCGAAACAGGGGUUUCCGGCUCCGAGUCAAACCCUAGUGAUCCGAUUCCGACCUCCUCCUCCGCUUCCUCCCACAUUUCUCCGAGUCCAGCAAUGGAAUCCAAGUCCACGGGGCGGUUCACACUCGGCAGGCAGUCCUCGCUCGCCCCCCGGGAGGAUCGCGACGAGUCCCUGCGAUCGGAGGUCCUUGACGGAUCUCACGUCCCCGCCGAGAUUGGCUCCGACAUCCGCCUCAUGUACCUCGCCAGCGAGGGCGACCUGGACGGAAUCCAGGAGAUCUUGGACUCCGGUGUCGACGUCAAUUUCAGCGACAUCGAUGGCCGAACCGCGCUCCACGUCGCCGCCUGCCAGGGGUUCGCUGAAGUCGUCGAGCUACUGAUCCGUAGGGGCGCCAAAGUCGAUCCCCAAGAUCGGUGGGGCAGUUCGCCCCUUGCAGAUGCCAUGCAUUACAGAAACCAUGAAGUGAUCAGGAUUCUGGAGCAGCAUGGUGCUAAGCUUCCGGUUGUCCCCACACAUGCUAAGAUUGCUCGAGAAGUACCAGAAUAUGAGAUUGAAUCCAAUGAACUCGAUUUCACUAACAGUGUUUUCAUUACUAAGGGGACAUUUCUAUUAGCUACUUGGCGCGGAAUUGAAGUUGCUGUUAAAAUGUUUGGUGAAGAUGUAAUGACCGAUGAAGAUAAAGUGAGUGCAUUUAUGGAUGAACUUGCCUUGCUUCAGAAAAUUAGACAUCCAAAUGUAGUCCAGUUCUUGGGUGCUGUUACUCAAAGUAGCCCUAUGAUGAUUGUCACAGAAUAUUUGCCAAAGGGUGAUUUGCGUGCCUUUUUGAAUAUGAAGGGACCUUUAAAACCAAGAUUGGCAGUCAAAUUCGCACUUGAUAUUGCUAGAGGAAUGAAUUACUUGCAUGAGCACAAACCUGAAGCCAUCAUUCACCGUGAUCUUGAGCCUUCAAAUAUUCUGCUUGAUGAUUCUGGACACCUGAAAGUUGCAGACUUUGGUAUUAGUAAGAUGUUAAGAAUGGCAAAAACCAUAAGAGAGGUUAGGCCAUUGACUUCUCUAGACACUGCAUGCAGAUACAUGGCCCCAGAAGUCUUUCGCAAUGAAGAAUAUGACACAAAAGUAGAUGUUUUUUCUUUUUCUUUGAUUCUAAAAGAGAUGAUUGAAGGAUUCCUGCCUUUUAAUAAAAAACAAGAUGAUGAAGUUCCCAAAGCAUAUGCAUCUAAAGAGAGGCCUCCGUUUACAGCUCAUCGAAAGAAGUAUCCUCAUGGACUGAAAGAGUUGAUUGAGCAGUGUUGGAGCGAGGACCCUGCCGAAAGACCAACUUUUAAAAAUAUAAUUGACCAGUUGUUAAUUAUACAGAACCAAAUUGCUCAAAAACAGCGUUGGAAGGUGAGACCUUUGAAGGUUUUCUAUAAUUUUGAAGCCAUAUGGAAGAAAGACAACUCAAACCCUAGCAGCCGUUCAUCACGCUCAUCAAGAAAUCUUCAGUAGCUGACUCCCUCAGUCGAGAAGAGACGAAGAAGACAGCAUGAGUAAGAUACUGAGGUUUGGUUUUAAUUGAUAGGAAGCACCGAUAACUUGGUGAUUCCUCUUGAUCAAGGCUUGCUUUGUUGAUAAUAUCUAUGGGAAGGUGAACUUUUGGGACAAAAAGCAUGUAGACGCUUUGACACAACUGUACUAAAAAUAAGUUCCCAUUGUUAUAAUAUUUGAACAGUUGAUUGCUUUACUAAAA